UUUUCUUAAUUGCACUCACUAGCCUCAUGCCUAUGCAACAGUUCCCCGUAGAAAAAAAAGUCCAUAAAGUGAAACAUAACAUGCUGCUAUUUUAAAAACCUUACCUUCAAACCUAAAUCUCACAGUUCCGAGUUCUCUAAUUCUUGACUCCGUUGGGUUCUUAAUCCACUUAUAUCCCCAACUAGAAUCAGAAUUACUUUCUUUUCUCCUUUAACUUGUUCAAUUCAUUGGCAUUCUUCUAAAAUGAUUAUUAUAGCACGCCUUAUGUUUCUUCUUGCAUUGUUUCUUUUACUCGUAACAAAUACAGGCCAAAUGGUAUUUGCACAAGAUGACAAUAAUGUUAGAGAUGCUUGCAGUGUGACAAGGUUCCAAAGCCUUUGUGUUCAGACGCUAGGGCAUUUUUCCCGCACUGCAGGAACAAGCCCCAGCAAGUGGGCACGCGCGGGAGUAUCCGUGUCAAUAGGCGAGGUCAAGAAUGUUGAAGCAUAUCUAGCACAAGUGAAACGUCAAGGACAAUUGAAGGGAAGAAACAGUGUUGCCCUUUCAGAUUGUGUUGAAACUUUUGGCUAUGCCAUUGACGAGCUUCACAAAUCACUUGGCGUGCUAAGGAGCCUAAGCAAAAGCAAGUUCAGCACCCAAAUGGGUGACCUCAACACGUGGAUCAGUGCAGCACUCACUGAUGAGGUGACUUGCCUCGAUGGGUUUGAAGGCAGCAAGGGGACCAAUGUUAAAUUGCUGCAAAACCGGGUUCAGAAUGCGUCUUACAUCACAAGUAACGCUCUUGCUCUCAUCAACAAACUUGCCACUGAAGGUCUGGGAAGCAUCAAUGAUCCAUAGAAGUUCUGAAAUUGGUAAAAAAAGUAUAUUUGUAAUUCUCUAAAUUAAGGAUUGUAUCAUAUAUAAAUAAGCUGUGAACAAGUGUCUAUAGAUACUAUAUAACAGUGGUUUUAUGUGUCUAAAUUAAAGAUUGUAUACUUGUUUUUUAAUGAUCCGGGAAAUGUGACCACAUGUGAGAUAUGUUAACGUUUCGAUAUGUGGUUUUACUAGAACUAUGAUGCUGCUUGCUCUUUGUAAAUAUGAAACGCAAUAGUAAAAGCUGUUCUCUCGUUGAAGUUAUUAUUUA